AUGAUGACGACGCUUAGAAGAAAUAAUCAUGAAUAUCAUGAGGAAGAAGAAUUAAAUUGUGAUGAAAAUAAAAGUAAGGAUAAAUUGUUUCACGAAAUAAAUAAAUUAUUAUAUUCUUCAUCGAGUGAAAAAAUGACUAAAAAAUCGAAACCAAAAAUAGUUGUUAGUAAAGGAGGUUCAAUUAGACAAUCUGAUAAAAUAAGAAAUGAAAAAAAGGAUAAUAAUAGCAAUAUAUCAUCAUCUGAUGAUGGUUAUGAUAAAAAUAUAUCUAGUAAUAAUAUAAGUGAUAAAAAUGAAUCUAGUAAUAAUAUAUGUGAUAAAAAUAUAUAUAGCAAUAAUAUAUAUGAUAAAGAUAUACAUGAAUAUAAUAUAUUAUAUGAUAAUAUAUACACAUAUAAUAGCAACAGUAAUAAAUCAGAAUAUUCACAGAACAAAUCUGAUAUAUAUCAGUUAGAACAAAUAUUAAUGGAAUCAAAUUAUGAUUCUUCAUUAAAAAAUAAUUCAAUUAGUCCAUGUUCACUUUCAUUAACUUCUUUUAGUUCAAGAAAUACAAGUAGUAUACUUGAUGAAUAUGAUAACAUUAUAAAAAUAUUUAUUGAAAAUAUUACACUAGAUAAUAUUACAUAUAAUGAAAAUACUUACAAUAAUAUAUUUUGUAUAUCUUAUUUUAUAUAUGAAGACCCUUUAGAAAUAUUUAGUUUUUUUCAAGGUAUUAAUUGGUUACCUGAAUUAAAAAAUAGAUGUACAUCUGUUUCUUAUCUCGAGAAACUGGAUAAGAACAGUAUGGAAAAAAACAAUUAUUAUCAACCUGAAACUUAUUCAUAUUAUAUUAAUAUAAAUCAAUAUGUAAAUUUAAAAAAUAGAAAGAAUGAAUAUUUAUACAUAUACGAUGAUGGUAUUAUAUAUGUUUUUGUAUCAAUAGUAGGAGUAAACAUGAAUAAAUUCCAAAAAUAUUAUUAUGAUAAUUUUGUAGAAUGCGAUAAUAAUAUAUAUAAUGAUCAUGAUAAAAAAGAAAAUGAACAUAGUUUAUAUUUUACCAACAAUAAAACAAAUGAUAAUUUAAGUAAUAAAUCACAUGAUAUUUAUUCAAAUGGACAAAAAACAAAAAAAAAAGAUAAAAAAAAAAAAAAAAUUAUUCAUCAAAGAAAUUAUGAAAGCUUUCUUAAUAUAUUAGGUACAUGUAUUAUUCCAAUAAAAGUAAUUGAUACACAUGAUGAAUAUAAAAAUAAAAUAAAUAAUAGUACGAUGUAUAAUAUAUAUCCACAUGAUGCCAUAAGAUCUAUACUGAAUAAUUAUUAUGACUCCUUAAAAAUAAAGAGAAAAAUAAAUAUAUAUGAUUUAAUUAAUAAUUAUAAACAUAUCUUAUCAUCUAUAGGAAAAAUUAAUAUCUCCGUAAAAAUAAAAAGUAAAUUAUUAUACGUGUCAAAUGUGCACAAGUAUGACCACUUAAUGGAUAUACAACAUGGUGAAAAAGAAAAAUGCCUAAUGAAUAGAACAAAUCAUAUGAAUAAAAUUAUUGAUGAAAUAUUAAAUUAUGUAAAAAUAUAUAAACGUAAUGAUAAAAAGAAUAAUAAUCAAGAUGAUAAACAUAUAAAACAUAUUAAAAAUAAAAUAUUAUCCAAUUUUUUUUUAUUUUAUAAUGAAAAAAGUAAUAUCAAUUUUGAUGAUUAUUUGAUGAAAUCCUUUUCUUAUAUAGAAAGAAAUAUAGAUAAAAUAUUUAAUUGUGAUGAUGAGAAAAAAAUCCUUAAAAAAAUAAAAAAACGUAUUCUUAAUAUAUUGCAAUUAUAUCAAAGUAAAGAACCCCCAAAAAAUAAACAAUCAAAUAAUAACAAUAAUAAUGAUAACAAUUAUAGUAAUAAUAAUAAUAAUAAUAAUAAUAGCUCUAAUCAUCAUCAUGCUGUUGUUUCCAAAGAAAUCGUAUGUACUCACAUAAUUUUAUUUGUUGACUGUAUUUCAAAUAUUAAAAUACCAUGGAAAUUAUUAUCUCAUUUUAAAAACGAUAAUACAUUUUUUAUUGUAGUGUACUGGAAGGAAGAAGAUGAUGAAGAAAAUAAUAUGACAAAUAUAAUAAGUAGACAGAGUAGAGUUAUACAUUUAAAUAAUAGUAAUAGUUAUUAUUAUAAUCAUUGUAAUAAUAUUGAGGUGGAUUAUAAUUCUUGUGUCUUAGAAAAAUACCAAACGAACAACCAAACAAACAAUAUAAUUACAGAACAAUGUAAUUAUAAUAUAAAUAAUUUAAAAGAUGAAGAAAAAAAUAAGAUGAUAAAAGUAAAAUUAAAUUUUAAUAGUUGUAUUAUUUUGCCAUAUAAUCAUUAUAAUAUAUCCUCUGAUAUCAAUCUUAUACUUUAUCACAAUAAUUAUCCUUUUCUGGAAUUCAAAAAACCCUUGUGUAUUCUUAAUAAUUAUAAUAUUACAUAUAAUGCACAAGACAAAUUCACUAUGAAUUUAAAAAUUAAUAAAAAUUACUAUCAUUCCAAUAAUAAAAUUAACGUAAAUAAAUUAAAUAUAAAUGAUACAUGUGUACAAUUAUCACUAUGUAAACAUCCUAAACAUAGUACAUUUUUUUCAUCUAUUAAUUAUAAAUCCUAUUAUAAAAAUAAAACCAAGUGUAGUAUACAAGAUACCAAUUAUUAUAAUGCUCAUUAUUCACCCCCUUUAUUUAAUAAAAAUGGACAUAUAUUUAUUUUUUUCGACGAUUAUUACAUAAGCCAUGAAAAAUAUAAUAAAAAUGAAAAUAAAAAAUAUUCCUGUUUAUAUCCUAAUGAUGAUAUAAAAAAAAAGGUGAUCUUUAAUAAAGAAUCUUUUUUUUUACCUAUACGUGAAGGGAACACUUAUAAUCAGGAAAGAGAUAAAGUAUCAAAUCCUUAUCUGAAACAAAAACAAAAAAUAGAUACAUAUAUGAUAAAAGAUGAAUGUAUAGAAAAACAAGAAGAAGAUCAAAAAAAAAAAAAAAAAAACAUUUCCUUAUCAUGUAUAUUAAAAAAAAAUAUAUUAUAUUCUGUAGUUGCUAAGGGAGACGGAUUAAAAGGUGGAAAGGCAAAUGAAUGGAUAUCUCUUUAUGUUCAUACAAUAAAUAAUGAGGGAGAUAAUAUAUAUUAUGGUAAACAUAUAAAUAUAAGAAUGAAAAUCGAACCUAUUGGAUAUUUAAAAUCAUAUUAUUCGUUCAGCUAUUCCAAUAUAAGCAAAGAAAUAAAAGAUAAUAAUAAUAAUAAUAAUAUUAUUAUGUUAACACAAUAUAAUGAAGAAAAUAUAAUCAAAAAUGAAUAUAAUAAUGUAUCAUUAAUAUCCUCCCCCAUGUGUUUUCAUUCUUUUAAUGAUAUUCAUGAAAUGAUUAAUUAUAAAGUAGAAGAUUUACAGAAUGGUAUAUAUAAAAUUUUAUAUAAAGUUAAUAAAAUUGGAAAGAAGAAAUUAUAUAUAUACUGUGAUGGAAUAAGUGUUAGCAGUUCUCCUUUUGAAAUAAAUAUUUGCCCAUCUUCACCUUGUUCUAAACUAUCAAAGGUUGUAGGAAAAGGAGUAACCAGAUGUAUAUCAAUACCUUAUUUAUAUGAUAUAAAAAAGGAAUCUUUUUUUAUUAACCACUUGGAAAAAAUAGAUCGGAAAUUUAAUGGGAAGAAUGAUGAUUUGGAUAAUAUGAAAGAAAUGUAUAAUGUGGAUGAUAUGAAAGGAAUUAAUAAUGCUGAUGAUAUGAAAGGAAUUAAUAAUGCUGAUGAUAUGAAAGGAAUUAAUAAUGCUGAUGAUAUGAAAGGAAUUAAUAAUGCUGAUGAUAUGAAAGGAAUUAAUAAUGCUGAUGAUAUGAAAGGAAUUAAUAAUGCUGAUGAUAUGAAAGAAAUGAAUAAUGCUGAUGAUAUGAAAGAAAUGAAUAAUUCGAAUGAUAUGAAAGAAAAGAAUAAUUCGAAUAAUAAGGAGAUAUCAAAUAAUAUGUGCGACAAAAAGGAUAGUUCCAGUAAUGGUGUUAAUUCACAUAUUAUAUCUAUUCAAAAAAACGAGGACUGUCUAAAAAUAAACAACACAAAUAAUAAUAAUAAUAAUGAUAAUAAUAAUAAUAAUAAUAAUAAUAAUAAUAAUAAUAAUAAUAAUAAUAAUAAUAAUAAUAAUAAUGAUAAUAAUGAUAAUAAUGUAGACAUAUGUUUUGGUUAUAACUCUGUUUGUGAUACGUCGGAUAGUAAUAAAAAAAAUGCAAGUGUGAAAUACUUAUAUGGUGAGAAAAAUAACUACAUUUUUAAAAGCCCCAAAUAUUAUGAAGAAAUUAAUGGAAAUAUUAUAAAAUUAAAUGAAAAGAAUGAAAGAACGUUUGAGGAGUUUUUAAAAAAUAUGGUACAAGUAGUAAAUACAUUUGACAUUAUUUUAUAUGAUAAAAAUGGUGAAAGGAUAUGUAUAGGUAAUGAUAAUAUUAAAGUUAUAGGAAAACGAGGUGCUUAUAUAAAAAAAGUAAUAGAUAAUAAUAAUGGUACUUAUACCGUGGAAUAUUGUUGUUGUGUAAAAAAAGAUGAUAUAAAAAAGAUAAGAAAUAUAAGUAAAGAAAAAUUAAUAGAUUUUUAUGAUGAAUUUUUAUUUCAUAAAAAUAAAUAUUAUGAUAAUGUUAUUAUUAAUGAAUUUAAGAAAAGAUUUUUUAAUGUAUUUAUUAAUUGUGAAGUAAAAGUAUAUAUAAAUGAAGUAGAAAUUUAUGGUUCUCCAUUUUUUCCAAUUAUAAUAAAUAUGGACGAGAUUUUGAAUAUAUAUAAUUUAUAUGAUCAAUAUACGUACUCAGGAAUGUUAUUAAAAAAUUUUGAAUAUUUGUUGACUUUUAAUAAUUAUCAAGGAUGUAUAGAGAACUUAUGUGAGUUUUAUGAAACAUUUGUUGAUACACAGGAGGAUUUAAUAGAUAAUAAAAGUGGAAAGAGCAAAACAGAAAGGUUCCUAUCUUUAUUUCAAAUGAAAAAUGAGGAGAAAAUAAAUAUGGAUAAAAAGAAUUACACAAGUCUAUUUUUUAAUAUACCUUUAAAUAUAUAUGAUAUGAAUAGUAAAUAUAUGGAUGAGAUGGAUAGAUACAAGGAAAAUUAUGAAAACGAAGAAGAGAGAAAAAAACACACACAUAAUUUUUGUAAUAAUAAUAUAAUGAUGAUGGCGAAUCCUUCAUGGAAUAAUUAUAAAAUUGAUGAUACAUUACUUAUUCAUAAAGAUAAUCAUAAAAGAUCUGAUAAUGACAAUGAUAAUUAUACAUAUAAUAAUUGUAAGGAUGAUUCUUAUGAUUCUUUCUCAAUUAAUAAUUACAAUCUGAAAAAUGGGAAUUUGUCUUUAAAUCAAUGGCUUUAUAUAUAUAGCUGUAAAGAAAAUGUUACACAAUCAAAUAAAAGAUAUGACAACAGCUUAAUCCUUGCAUAUUCCUUAUGUAAUAUCAUAUUACAUCAUUUAAUAUAUUUAAAAAAAUAUAAAUAUUAUAUAAACUGUAAGCAAUAUGAAAAUGAUUUAUUACAAAAUAAUAUUUUAAUUCAAUUCAAAAAAUUAUUGCAAGAAGAAUAUAAUAAAAUGUUCGCAUAUCAAACAAAUAAUAUUAUAACAUAUUGCAAAAAAAUUGGAAAUAUAAAAUUCAACAAUUUAGAAGAAUUAAUUAAGGUAUAUAAAAAUAUAGCGUUCGAAUUAAGGAAAUUAAAAAAAAAUGAUUUAGCAGAUGAAUUUGAUAAAUGUUGUGAAAAUAUGUGUGAAGAAUUAUAUCUAAAAAAUAUUGAAAGCAAUUUAAAUAGAAAAGAAAAAUUAUUAAAUGAAUAUGAAAAAAUAAUGAAUGAAAAGAUUAAUAAAAUUGAACAUAUAAAAAAUAAUGAGUUAAAAAAGUAUGAAAAUAAUUUUACUAUAGAUAUGAAUAAAAUUAAUAAAUUGUGUAGUGUACCAAAAAAUAAGGAAGUACAAACAUGUGAUGAUUUGUCUUACCAAAAGAAAAAUGGGAAAUUAUCUUCCCUAAUUGAACUAAGAAAUAAAGAAAAACUAAUAAAUAUGAAUGAUAAAAAGGAUGAUAAACAUAAUAGUGAUGAUUCUAUAAAGGAAGGUGUUUAUAAAAUUGAUAAUAAUCAAAAAGAACAAAUUUUCCAUAUCGUAAGAGAAUAUUGGAAAAAUUCAUCUACAUAUGAUAUAUUCAGUACAAUUAAAAAUACGCUAAAAAAUUGCCCUCGAUUGAAAAUAUGCUUAGAAGAAACAUUUAACUAUUAUAGUUGUAGUAUAAAAAAUAAUAAUAAAAUGGAAGAUAUACAAAUGAGGAAUAUUCAUGAAAUUAAAAUUGUGGAAAAUUUAGAUAACUUAAAAAAAAUAGAAUUACAAGAAGAUAAUUUCUUAUCUAAUCAUGAUAUAAAUAAUUUCUAUUUAACAUAUAAUGCAUAUAUAUCUCUAAUAUUAGAUAUGAAAUGUAAUUCAUAUUUAAUAAAAGAUGUAGAUAAUGUUUUAUGGUUAUUUGAAAAAUUCUCAAUAGAACAUAAUUCAUUUAAAAAUAUAUAUAGACCAUAUGGAUUAUUAAGAAUAAUGCCAAAAUAUUUAUUCAUACCUUUUAUAAGGGAAUUAGCAUAUUUAAAUCUAUUAUAUGUAAUAUCAGAAUAUGUUAUAAAAAAUCAACAAGAUAUAAAAACAUAUCUAACACUUAAUCAUCCCUCACGAUUGUCUUCUUUUCAUCAUUUUAUUACUUAUCAUUUUAUACCCUUUUAUGAACAACUAAGCGAAAAUCAAAAUUUUGAUAAUUUCAAGCAACAGCUUAUAGAAAUUAAUGAAGAUGAUGACAAAACAGAACUGGAUGAUCAUCACAAACAAUUAAAUGAUAAACCAAUUAAUGUAAAAAAUAAAAAUAAUAUAAACAAACAUAUGAAUGAUGUAAUCCCACUGAAUCAUAUUUAUGAUACAAAAAGUAAUAAUAUUUAUAAUAAAAAAAUUAAUAAUAAUAAUAAUAAUAAUAAUAAUAAUCAAUUAAGCCUUUCAGAUAUCGAAAAUUAUUUUAAUAAUGAAUUGCCCUUAAUUGUUAAACAUAAAAAUUUCUCAAAAACAUUUCCUUUAUUAUUUGACUUUUAUUCAAAUAUGUCAAUGAAUAUUAAUGAAAAGAAAAUUAAAAAUGAUAAACCACAAGAUGAAAAAACAAAUACAAAUUUAAUAGAUAAUCAAUAUGAUAAUUCUAAUAAUUCAAAUAAAUAUAUAACCACCACUAUUUUUAUUAAGUUCUUACGAGAAUUUGGUAUCAUUCCACAUUUUUUUAAUAAUGAUAGGUGUUUAUCAUUUUUAAAUACUCUUAUCAAGAAUAACAAACAUAAUAAAUUAUAUUAUGAAGAUUUUUCUAAAGCUAUAAUAUUAUCCAUAUGUGAAUGUGUAAAAAAUAAUAUUCUCACACAAUAUAAUAUGUUAAGCAGUAAUAACCAAUUCAAAAAUAAAUUACAAAUUGGAAAAAUCCUAAACCAUAAUUAUAUUUCAUAUGAAGUUAAGGAGCUAAUUUAUCUUUUUGGUUUUUCGGACCUUCACAUAGUCAAGUCCAAAAUAAACAUACAAAAAGAAUAA